GCCUGACUGGUGGCCCCAGACUAAGUGCCGGGGAGACUCAAUUGGCUUCUGCAGGCGGCUUCUACUCCAAGAGAUGAUGGGGAAAAUCGGCUUCUCCCUGAUCCUUGCCCUGGCUCUGGUGACCCUCAGCACCUCUUCCGAGAGAAAGUGUGUCCUGUCCGGAUCGUGGAGGAGCAGCCUGGGCUGCAAGAUGGUUGUAUCCGAACUCAGCGAGGCGGGAGCGUUCUCAGGUUCGUACCUCUCUGCAGCAAUGGCCCCCAGAGCUGAUCUCCUGUCGUCGCGUCUGCACGGAAUCCAGCACAGCGCCAGCCAGAAGGAGCAGCCAACCUUCGGGUUCACCGUGAAGUGGCAGUUCUCAGAGUCUCCGCCAGACUCCAUGAGCGUCUUCGUGGGCCAGUGCUUCAUGGAUGACCAGGGAGAGGAGACCCUGCAGACCACGUGGCUGCUGCGCAAGGAGGUUGGAUCCCCCAGCGCCAACUGGGAAGCGACCAGGGUUGGCACAAACGUUUUCACCCGGAUCAAGUGAUGGAACGUGGGCAAAGCCGUGAGGAGCGACGGUGUCCGGUGACCCAGCAGCACCGUGACCCCACUCUGCAGCUCCUGCCUCCUCCCCCACCCCCCACCCCCACGUCCGGAAUUGUUCUGGGGUCUCUCGAGAGUGUCUCACCCGGUGUCAGGGCUGUUUGCUGGGCUGCAGAGGCGCCGUCUCUGUCUCCAUCUCCCCUCGCUCUCCGGUUACACCCCCAGAAUCGCUGCCCGCGCCCCCCACGCUGCAGUUUAGUUCCUUUCCCAGUAAAGCUCUAGCACGGGAGGCAAA